AAUUCUGGGAACACUGCUAAAAAUGUCAUGGUUGCACUUUUGAUAACUUCAAAAAUCAACAAAAAUGACCGAAACUCUGGAAAAUUGCCUGACUUGUUGGAGAAAAACGGAUAGUUUUCUCCGGGUAUCGGACGAGAUCAACGAUGAAGGUGUUGGCACUAUUGUCGCUAGUCAUUUCUGGUUCCAGAUUCAGGAAUAUGAGGAUCGAGUUCUGUGUACCAGCUGCUGGGAAAAAAUUGAGGACUUCCACAAAUUUUACUGCGAAGUGAAGCAUGUAUGGAAUUAUGAAAAUUUGUCCAAGAGCUCUGUUAUCAAAAAGGAACGCUCGUUCGAUGGGGUUGAAUUGGAAGAGGAUCUAUUCACCAACGAGCUGGUCAAGGUGGAAAUAACUAAGAAUGAGCAUUUGGAAAUUGAGAUUCCUUGUGAUAAUAAGGAAGAAGACGGAAGGGUUUUAAUCAAGAAUAGUGUAAGUCACCAACCAGAACAACAGACGGAUUCAUCUGAUGAUUCAGAAAAGGAUUCGAUGGUACCGAUUGCUAAGCGAUUCCGACGCGCUAAAAUCAAAACUGCCGCAAUGAAAAGACAAAUUCGCAAGAAACAAAGGGUACGCUCUCAGCAGAAGCACAAAACGACGAAUCGCAAUAAGUAUGGUACCUCACUGCAUUGCGAUUUGUGCGAUCCGGUAAGAUCGUUCAAGGACGAAGUGGGACUUCAGCUGCACAAAACGGUCUACCACCCGGAACAGUCUGAGAAAAAGUUCCAGUGCGACCAGUGCGAGAAAGCCUUCGCUAGCGAAUGGCAGCUCUCCUGUCAUAGAAACUUUCAUCAGAAUAUAGAAUCCUUGAAUAUUCACUGCAAUAUAUGUAACAAAUAUUUUGACUCCGCCCGUACUUUGAACAAUCACAUCCGUGCGUGUCAUCCCGAAAGCAUGGCUGCACUUUCGAUACCCCCGUUCGGCUCAAUUACGAACGAUACGGCAAAUGUCUCGGCAGAUCAACUCCUAGUGGAGGUUUCGGUCAAAACUUCCCAGAGGCAGAAAACUUCGGAAGCCGAACAUGCCGAACAAGAUGAGUUGAUUCGGAAGUACUGUACACUGGUGUGCGAUUUAUGUGGAUUUAUGGGCGAAAACUUCUAUAAUUUAGAAAAGCACUAUAAAUCCGAGCACGACAUGCGCGGUUACGCAGGAUGUUGCAAUAGAAGGUUUUACAAAAAGCGACAAUUGUACGAACAUUGUCAGCGACACGUCAAUCCGGAUAUAUUCCGUUGUGAGCUUUGCAAAAAAUCUUUCACCGAAAAAGAUGGCCUUGAGAAGCAUAAUCAGUGGGUUCAUACGCCGGACUCGGAGAAACCUUUCAAAUGCGACAUCUGCGAUGCUGCUUUUUUCAAAGAAUACCUACUGAGAAAUCAUAUGAAGUACCACCUUUCUAUGGAGCAGAAAGUCUAUAAUUGUGAGGAAUGUGAUCGAUCCUUCGGUGCUCCUUCAUAUUUGAAAACGCACCAGCAAACCGUACACGGUGCCGCGUCCAGCUGGGUUUGCGAUAUCUGUGCUAAGGGCUUCCCCCACAAGUCGUCACUGGAAACGCAUCGACUCGGUCACACGAAAGAAGGCGCUGCCAGCUUGAAGAAGCAGUGCGAACACUGCAACAAAUGGCUCAAGAAUGAAAGCUCCUUUAAGCGCCAUGUUAGACGGUGCAUGGCCAGUGGCCCAGCAACGUGCGAUAUAUGCGGCAAGCAAGUGGCAAAUGAAAUGUCUCUGGCGAGUCACAAACGGUUCUAUCAUACGGAACAACCGUCGUUUACGUGCAGCUACUGUGGGAAACAGUUCAGGCGUAUCAUACGGCAUAAGGAGCAUGAGGCGAACCACCGGGGUGAGGUUCUGUAUUCGUGCCCAUUUUGCGCUUAUACCUGUAACUCCAAUUCCAACAUGUACACUCAUAAAAAAGUAGCCCAUCCGGAUUUGUGGGCGGCGAAGAUUGCGGACCGGUUCUACAAGCGAUGAUUAUGGAUAAGUAACUCUGGGAAAGAUUAAGGUAGGUGAGAAUAUUUAAAGAAUUGGAAUUAUUGCAACUGAA